AUGUUAGCUCAGUCGUUGCGUGUCUCUCUUGGUCUCUUACGACCUGAGAGUUCGCAAUUGGUGCUCGUCGCUGGCAUUAAAUACUUUCCACCACCGAAAAAUUAUGACCAUAUUGAAAUACCGGAGCGUCAAAGGCUUCGUAUCUAUGACAAGGUGCCAACAUAUCCAGCCAAUUUGAAGCCUCCGAAGAUGCAGAAGCGUCUUCGUUACAUGCGUGGUCCAGAGACAGUACACACCAACCUACAGCUGCAGCAAUAUGGUGUUGUUGCGACUGGAGGUGGCAGAAUGCGCUCUGAACAUUUUGAAAUGGCCCGUUUAGUUGUUGCGAGAAAGUUAGACCAGAAAAGAAUGUUUGCUAUAUGGAGAGUAGACCCACCAUGGCAGCCUGUCACCAAGAAGGGGCAGGGGCAACGUAUGGGUGGUGGUAAAGGUGCCAUUGAUCAUUACGUCACACCCAUCAAAGCUGGCAGGAUUAUUCUUGAAGUUGGUGGCAAAUGUGAUUAUGCUGAGGUAUACCCAAUGCUGAAAAUAGUUGCUGAGCGACUACCAUUCAAAGCUGAGCCAGUUUCCCUGGAGAUCAUGCAAAAGAAGGCAGAAAAAGAGAAAUGGUUAGAAGAAAACAACCAGAACUAUUACACAAUGAAAUAUAUUAUUCAGAACAAUAUGGGAGGAUGUCACAAGAUGCUGUCACCAUUCGACCAUCGCUGGUACGGCAAAUAUUUGUAA